AUGGAAUACCUUGAUUUCUCAGCUUCAAGCUCGUUCGUAGCAGCGGUUGAUGAUAUGUGGGUACUAAAUGCCACAUUUCUUGUAUUCUAUACACAAGCUGGAUACUGUAUGUUAGAGGCUGGUGUAGUACGAGCCAAGAAUGCCAAGAGUAUCAUUAUCAAGAGUAUCAUUGACACUGCAUUUGGAUCACUGAUAUUCUGGGCUCUUGGCUUUGCCUUUGCCUUUGGUGACGAGAACAAUCCAAUCAUUGGCUACAAUCAUUUCUUUUUAAUCAAUUAUAGUAACUUAGUAUUCUUUGCCUUUCAAUGGGCAUUCUCUGCCACCAGUAUCACAGUAGUCAGUGGAUCAUUGGCGGAAAGAGUUCACAUCAACAGUUGUUUAAUCUAUACUGUUGUAAUGUCAGCCAUUAUAUAUCCGGUGGGCGCACAUUGGAUAUGGUCUAAAGGAGGAUGGCUGAGAAGAAUCGGAACAAAUGGAAUUGUAGACUUUGCAGGCGGCAUGGUUGUACAUAUGGUGGGAGGCUGCGUCGGCCUCGUCGGUACAUAUAUCGUUGGUCCGAGAAUCGGUCGCUUCGACCCAGAGAGUGGCAAGCCCAAGCCACUACCUGGCCACAGCAUCACGCUGUCCACAUUGGGCGCGUUCAUCAUUUGGUACGGAUUCUUUGGCUACAACACUGGCUCAACACUCGGUAUCUCAACGGGUCGUGUUGGAAUUGCCGCGCGAGCCGCCGUCAACAUGACAAUCAGUGGCACUGCUUCAUGCGCCACAACACUCAUACUGAUCAAACUGUUCACUGGCAAGUACGAUGUUUCCAAGUCGGUCAACGGCCUGCUCGGUGGACUGGUCGCAUCGGCUGCCAACUGCGCCAUGGUUGAGCAGUGGGCCAGCUUUGUCAUUGGCUGCGGGGCUUCCCUGUGCUACAUUGGUUCAUCAAUGCUUCUUAUCAAACUCAAGAUCGAUGAUCCACUGGACUCUUCACCCAUUCAUUUCACCUGUGGUAUCUGGGGAGCACUGGCAGUUGGACUAUUCGCCACUCAAUUCGACCUUGGUCAACUAUUAAGAAGGGAAACCAAUGUAUAUGGUUUGUUUUAUGGUGGAGGUGCUCAACAACUUGGUGUACAGGUACUUGGAGUUAUUUGUGUGACGGCAUGGUGCGUUGUACUGUCGACGAUAUUAUUUAAAUUGAUGAAACGGUUCAAUCUAUUACGUAUUGAUCCUACCAGAGAACUAAUGGGUAUUGACAUGGACCAACAUGGUGGACCUGCCUAUCCCAACUUUCAAAGUAUAUAA